CUCACAUUCAUCACCUCCAACCAGAAAGCAUCCAAAAUGUACAUCUCACCUCGCCUCCCCCUCCUCGUCCUCACCCUCUUCACCCCCUUCAUCUCCUCCACCCCCCUCCUGACCACCCGCGACGCAUCCGCCGUCCAGUCCGACCUGGCCAAAAUCGCCACCGACCUGAGGACUCUCACCACCGCCGUCAACGGCUACACCGGCGGCCUGACCGCCGCGCUGCAGAUUCAGACCAAAGAAUCCGCCGUCGAGGACGACAUCAACAAAGCAAUUACGGACACAAAUGCCGCGUCGGCGUUUACCGCGUCCGAGAGCAGUGCUAUCACGGCGGCGCUGGUUGGCCUGGAGCCGGAUAUUGAUUCUUCGUUGACGGCUUUGGUCUCCAAGAAAUCUCUCUUCGUCUCCGCCGGCGUCGUCAGUAUUGUGCAGCUUGAUUUGAACAAUCUGAAGACGAAGACGGACAGCUUGUCGACUGCGUUGCAGAACAAGGCUACUUCGACGGAUAAGGCGACUAUUAAGUCGAAGACGGCGGAGUUGGAUGCCGCAUUUGACAGUGCGAUUGCGGCUUACGCUUGAGGGCGCUCCAGGGAUUUAUCUAGGGGUAUGAGGCAGGAAUCUAUGGGAG